AUGGGUCAAUCAAAGCUCUGCUUGCUGCUGCUCCUGAGCACCUACGCCUUCGCCCAGCAAGGGAAUGAGGGCGGUGAAGAACAGACCCCAACGUGUUUGUUGGCGACAAAGUACAGGAACUUCAAAAAGUAUGUGUACCAGUACGAGGCAGAGGCCCAGAAUGGGGUCAGUGGAACGGCCAAUGGGAAGAACGGUCCCAAGGUCACCUGCAAGGUGGAGAUGGAGGUCCCUCAGGCAUGCAGCUUCAUCCUGCGCACGGAGGAGUGUUCCCUGAGUGAAGUGUCCGUCACCGACGCCGAUGGGCUGCCCGUAUACCAGCCCUCCACCGGCUCCGACGCCUUCAAAGCCGCCAUGGAGAAGAACCUCCUGAGGUUUGUGGUGGGAAAGAACUUCCAGGUGAGCCUGUAUCCAGAGCCAGACGAGCCCUCCAACAUCCUGAAUGUGAAGAGGGGCAUCAUCUCAGGCCUCCUGGUGCCCGUGUCCGAGGAAAGCGGGAACAUGCCCACCAUCCACGGACAGUGCAGGACUGAGGUCACUGUUAACGAGAGGGUGGACAUCCCCAUCGACGUCACCAUCACCAGGGACCUGAACACCUGCAAGGGCUUCCAGCCCAUGGGCGACUAUGUCAGCCCUCUGGCCCUCAUCUCCAGAAUGAACACGCCGCUGUCCAAACUGAUCAGCAGCGAUCAGUCCUGCGACUACAAGUUCGAUAACAGGAGGAAGCACAUGAUCAAGGCCAUCUGCACGGAGAAGCACCUGUUCCUGCCUUUCUCUCACCAGGAUACCUAUGGCAUCACAUCACAUGUUAAACAGACCCUGACUUUGCUGGACUCCGGCAAGAUCAAUAACAGAUACUUCGACUUUGACCCGGCGAACAUGAAGCUCCUGACCAUGGACUACGCGGAGAGCAAAGCCCCCGCCCAGAGCAAAGACGCCAUGCUGGCCACCCUGCGGCAGCUGAAGGACCUGGCCCAGACCGACCAGGGCUCCCAGAGGGCCGCUCUCUUCCACAAGCUGGUGACGCAACUCCGCGGGCUGAACAACGAGACGCUGAGCCAGGCGGUCGGCGAGAUGACGCAGGUGUCCAACGUCCUGACCUGGCAGGCCCUGCCGCAGUGCGGGACGCCCGAGUGUGUCAGCGCCAUCCUGCAGGCCCUGCUUAGUUUCGGCGACAACGCCAUGGAGGCGGACGCCAUGGUUUACGGCAUCAGCCUCAUGCCCCAGCCCACCGCCGCCAGGGUCCGGGACCUGCUGAGCCUGGCCCAGAACAGGCAGAACAAGGCCAUGAUGUAUGGACUCAGCAACAGCGUCAAGAAGUUCUAUGAGGGGAACAGAGAGAUCACCCCUGAGGUUAUGGAUGUGUCAGACUUCAUGACCUUUCUGCUGGGCGACAAAUGCUCCGGUGAUGAGGACCGGACCUUCCUCACCCUGAGGGUCAUCGGCAACAUGGGAGCCGCCAUGGAGGCUGCCAGCCCCACCCUGAAGUCCACAAUCCUGCAGUGCGUGCGAAAUGAAGCCGCCACGCACCAGGUCCAAAAGGCUGCCAUCCAGGCCUUGAGAAAGAUGAACAUUGAUAAAGAGGUCGUCGACGUCCUUGCCGAGGUGUUCCGAGAAGACGAGAGCAUCCCAAAACGCAUUGCUGCUUAUCUGCUGCUCAUGAAGAACGUGCCAUUGGCCAUUCCCCACGUGGUCGACAGCCUGAGGAAUGUAUUCCUGGAUGACCAGAUCAGAUCCUUUGUGGUCUCCCACAUCGCCAACAUCCUGGAGAGCAGAGACAGCAAAUCCGAAGAGUAUGUGCCUUUUCAGGACCUGAAGAUGAAGCUCCAAGAGGCCCUGGAGAACGAGGUGAGGCCCGGGUUUCUGGACAUGUUCUCGUUGUCGCAGAACUACAAGGUGGAGACGCCAUCGCAGAUCCCCAUUCAGACCUUGGCGGAGAGCAACGUGAUCUUUGACGGCUCCAUGCCCAGAGAGGUCAUGCUGGCCACGACCCUGAAUGCCUUUGGAUACAACUUUGACAUGUUUGAGGUUGGUCUGGAGGGGAAAGAAUUGGGACCAACAAUCGAAUCCCUAUUUGGGGACGAUGGAUUCUUCCCUGACACAGCGUCAAAGGCCAUGUACUGGGUUGGAGAUAAAAUGCCGGACAGCAUGCACAAUGUUCUGAAAAACUGGAUGGGACCCCUGAGGAAUGAGAGAAUGAAAAGACAGGUUUCGGACGACCUUGUGAGGGAAAUCAGCCGAAACUUCCACCAGCUGUUGACGAACCUUGAGUCCCAGGCUACCCCUGAGAACUUGGCCUACCUGAGGUUCAUGGGAAAUGAACUCGGGUACAUGAAGGCUAGCGAGCUUAAGCAAAUGGCCUCCAGUGUUCAAAUGUAUAGCCACAUCCUGUUCUGGCUCCUGCCUGCCAACAACAUGGUGGAACUGCUGUCCAGCACUGACAAUAACGCCUUCGCCCACUACAUGUUCAUGGACAACAAGUUUGCCCUGCCGACCGCUGCAGGACUCCCGCUGGAGUUCUCCCUGUCUGGCAUCUUCUCCGGUGGAGCCAAGGGAGGCAUACAAUUCUCCCCCAGCAUGAAGGCCCUAUCAUUCAUGCCCUCCUUGGGAGUGGAGUUUGUGACGAAAAUGGGCGUUAACCUCCCGGACUUAGUCACGGCCGGCAUUGAGAUGCACACCACUGCGUACCAUGAGAGUGCCCUGAAUGCCAAGGUCACCAUGCAGGGCAACACUCUCAAGCUCUCAAUCCCAGCGCCCCAGGACAAUAUCCAGCUCAUCAGCAUAAGCAACAGACUGCUGUCUGUGUCCUCCACCCAGACUGAGAUAGUGCCCCCUCUGGUAGAGGGCAGGACCGACUCUGUUGCUUGCGAUCCAUUUUUUGCCGGUCUGAAGCUCUGCACCAUAACUCGCUACUCCAAUGCCAGUUCCAUUGAUGCCGCUCCAUACUACCCCUUAACUGGAGAUUCCAGGUUUGCACUGGAGAUUCAGCCCACUGGAGAUGUUGACGAGUAUACGGCCACCGUCUCCUACGCUCUGGCCCGGGAGGGGAAAGAGUCACCACGGCAGAAGGUCGAUACCGUGAAGAUUGUACUGAAGGCAGAGGGUAAUAAUCCCAGUGAGGCCACUGCCACCCUGAAGUACCACAGGAACAAGAGCGUCUUCUCUGCUGACGUCCAAAUCCCCGAUCAUGAUGUGGAGGUCGGUAUCCAGCUUGCCGCCACUGACAGCACAUUGAAAGGGAAGAGAACGCGGGCCCUCACCUUCGACGUUACCAACAAGAACAUUCCUCAGUUGACACUGGUCGGCCGGGCUAGAAUGGAAGCGAUGAAGGAGGGUAUGCUACAGAUCCAGCUGACCAUUCCCUCUCUGAAUGUUGAUGCCGCCACCACUGCCACGGUGAAGAAUGCCAACGGCCUGACUCUGCAGCUGGAGACAUCCGUCAAUAUCCCCGAGACCUCCUCUGUGCAGACAGCCAUCCUCAGAUACGAUGAGAACAGGAUUGAAUUAGAAGUGAAGUCUGAUCUGACAUCUGAGAUUACCAAACACUUCCCUGAAACACGGUUGCAGGAAGUCAUUGAUGAACUUCUGGACCAAAGGGUGGCGAAGACUGACAUGAAAGUGCGUCACAUUGUCUCCAAAGCCAUUGAGGCAGUCAAUAUCUGGCUGGACAAAGCUUCAGGGGAGAACCUCCAAAGCAAGAGAAGUAUCCCAGAACUUACCCUGCCUUCCCUGCCCGAGAAACUAUUCCUGAAUUAUGACGGCUUGUUCCGCUACCAGUUCAACAAAAACAAGCUCAGCCUGACCAUCCCCUUACCUCUGGGUGGAAAGACCUCAGAAGACCUGAACAUACCCACCACAAUAACUGUUCCUGAAUACAAGAUUCUUGACAUUGGGUUGGAUGUUCCCAGCACCACCUACAGAAUCCCCUCUUUUACCGUUCCUCGUGAUUUACAGCUCUCGCUGCCCUUGAUUGGAGUAGCUGAGGUGUCCGCCAAGGUGAACAGCAACUUCUACAACUGGGAGGGCUCAGUGUCAGGCGGAAACGACACUGUGGAUGUCCCAAGCUUCAUCGGAAAAUUCAAAGUUGAGGCCGAGUCACCCAUCAACAUCUUGUCUUACAAAGUCGAAGGGGCUGGAAUGAUCAGAGUUGAUGCACUGAAGUAUACACAGAUUGUGAAUGGAUCGCUCAGCCAUAGUCUCAUUGAUAGCAGCUUCAGCAUCAUGGACACAAUAAGCUGGGAAGACCAGAUGUCUGUAAAAAGUAGUCGGAAAAUCGAGGUUUCCAGCCCUGUGGGACUGCAUAUGUCCCUGUAUUCCUCAGCCCAGUCCAAGGGCAACUCCGAGCAAGGCACAGGAGAAUACAGCUUGGAUGGGGCCUUCAAGGCACGCUCCCUGUAUGCCAAUUUUAACUACGCCUAUUCAAACUUCAUUAGUAGAACAGAGCCAUGGCAAUGCGAAUCGACGCUGACGGUCGACUCCUCACUUCUCCAGGCACAGAACAGCAUAAACGGGGUCUACAGAGAUGGUGACAUUUCGGUGAUUUCCAACUCUAACCUGAACGACGAUGCCCUAAAACACGUGGCAGAGCUCGCAUUCAAGGACGGCAAGCUCGCCCUGUCGUGCAACACCAUCACCAAGAUCUUUCGCAGCAAAGUCGACCUUGCCAUCACCGGUGAAUCGGCCACCUUCAGAGUGACGUCUGACGCUGAGAUCGGAGAGAGCCUUGGCACAUCCCUCCUCUCCGGUGCCCUGGAUGCUAAUGGCCUAGAGAUCAACUCGCAUGGAUCCAUCGUGCUUGAGGCUGGCUCGGGUUCCCACAAAGGCACCCUGCAUGUCAACAAGGACGGCGUGGCCACCAGUGGAACCACCACCCUGCAGUGCACCCCUCUGACCUUUGAGAACAUCUUUGAUGGUAGCAUCGAUUUUACUGGAGCUCUUCUCUCCCUGACCACCAAAGGAACCUUACUUGAGAACAGUGCUGAUCUAAAGGUAGAUGCAAAAAUCGGGCACGAGGAGGCCUACCUGAACACUGUGUACAAAGGAAACCUCCUUGACCUGAGCUCCAGGGGCACAACAAACCUGAAGGCUAACAAACAAGGCCUAAGCUUCUCAAACAAUCUCAUUGGCUCAAUGAAGAAUAUGAAGUCUGAGCAUACUCACACUCUCACAGUCACUCCCCGGACGCUGGAAUUCCUGGCCCAGACAGACAACUAUAUCUGCGAUCACACGUCCUACAAACACGACAUCAAGGUCGACUUGAUUCCCUUCAUUGCAAGUGUGAGCGCCAGCAAUAAUCUCAAGCUUCUGGAUGUUGAAUUUAAAAAUGAGGGAGUGCUCAGACUUGAACCUUACAAGCUGAAUUUGAAAGGAAGCCUGCAGGGGGGCUAUGGAGACGAUAAGGAACUCAGACAUACAUACGAAAUGAGCUAUGCUGACUUGGCUGGCAGUGUGAAAGGCAGCACGUCCGGAAAACUCUUGGGAGCCCAGAUGAACCACAACAGUGACUUUGAAUUCGCCGGACUUUCCUCCAAAUACGAAGGCGAGGCUCGACUCAACUCCAAAUCACUCCGCCUCGACGGCUCCCUUCGUACGCUUGCCGAGCCAUUCAGCCUCAGCGUGGAUGGCGUCUUGAACAGCGACGGUGAGCUGGACCUGUAUGGGAAGCUCACGGGACAGCUGUACAGCAAGUUCCUCCUCAAGGCACAGCCAUUAGCCGUCGCUUACUCCCACAACUGCAGAGCCUCCACCACUCACAGGUUGGACAGCGGCGCGUCUGCUGAGACCAACAUUGAUAACAACAUCGAAGGUGUGCUGUCUCCACAAGAGCAGUCCACGAAGUGGACACUGAAGUCUAAGCUGAACAAUCAUGCUUACAGCCAAGAAGCCAGUGCUUUCAACGAACCAAAGAUGAUUGGCCUGGAGUUCUCUGGAACACUGGCCACAGACCUUCUGAACAAAGCUGGGAUGUCUUGUGGUGCUUCAGACCAGAACCAAGAAUUUAGCCUUUCUGGAUUUCUUAAGUAUGACAAGAAUGGUGACUCGCUUAUCAUUCAGCUGCCGUUUAUUGAGAGCUUUCCUGCCCUUUUUGAAAAGGUGAAAGGCACAUUUUUGAGCAUUCUCGAGUCCCUGCAGGAGUACAUGAACAGUGUGGACAUCAACCAGCUCGUUGGAGAAUUUAGGGUUAAUUUGGACAAACUACCAAGGCGAGUCGGUGAGUACAUGAACGACGUGAAUCUGGAGAGUAAGUUGAAGGAGGCUAAAGAAAGGCUGAUUGCCUUCACACAGGAUUAUGCUGUGACGCUGGACGGCUUGGAGAUCGCUGUGGAGAACAUGAAGGUGGCCUUUGAAGAAGCCUUGAAUGACCUGCUAACCACAAUCAGAGACCUAGCAGUUUUGAUCAAGGGAAAGAUUGAAAGUGGAGCCUGGACAGAUGCCAUCACAGAUUUUCUCAACAAGAUUGGGAAUGACCUGCAGGCCUUUGAUGACAGAUAUGAGAUAUCAAAGACGAUUGUCAGUGCUAUUAAUGCCAUUGAAGACAUCGUCACACAGGUUGAUUUGCAGAAACUGACAGACAACAGCAUGGCCUGGUUACAGAAACUUGAUGCUACAUUCAAACUCAAAGAGAAGCUGCAAGAGAAAAUAAGAGAACUGAGACAAGUAAUUGAGAAUUUUGACAUUGUGUUGUUCCUUCAGGAUCUCAGGGACUACAUCACAUCUAUUAAUGUGGUUGAGCACCUGGACAAACUAGCUAACAUUCCCACUGAUGAAAUAGCCAGAGUCAUUGACUCAGUGAAGGAUGUAAUACUUAAUUGGAUCGAGGAAUAUGAAAUUGCUGACAAGAUAAACGUGAUAAUUUCCAAACUGAAGGAGCUGAUUACCAGGUACAACAUGGACAAGAAAAUCGGGGCCCUCAUGGACCAGGCUUCAGAGCUCAUUAAACAGUACAAACUCCAAGAGACAGUGCAGUCUGUUGUCAACAUUAUAAAAUCCAUUGACUUUCAAUUGCUGUCAGACAAAUUCAUGCAAACGCUAGGUGAUGCUAUUAAUCACCUAAACGCCCUGGACUUCAAACAAAUGUUGGAUGAUCUGAAUGAGUACAUUGCCAAGAUGUCACAGAAGAUUCAGGAGUUUGAUUACAAUGCAUAUCUUGACGAGGCAAACCAGAAAAUCAGUGAAAUGAUCCAGUAUGUGAAUGACCAGAUUGAGGUAAAUGAGAUCCCUCAAAAAAUUGAGGCCUCAAGAGAAUUUCUUAGAGGAAUCCAGGCAACCCUUACUAACUACUUGGAACAACUUAAAAAUACUAAGGUUGCAGAGAUGGUCAAACUAAUGAAGGAUGUAAUUGACACAACUUUCUUAAAUGACGUUAAAACCAAACUCCUGGAAAGCCUUGAAGAUAUGAGACAAAGAAUCAGAGACAUGGACAUUACAAAUGAAAUUAGCCGUCACUUGGAACGGGCUAGGUAUUCCUACAUCAACAUGAUCAGUUACAUUGCAUCUCAGAUUAAUAACUUCAUUCAGGAAAUUCAUCGUUUACUUGAGGACCAGGAAAUCCUGAAAAAUAUUGGGGAAGUUGUUGACAGUGUUCUAAAUGCACUGAAGACGGUAGAGUUUACAAUUCCUUCAUUCACUGUUCCAUUCACAGACCUUGUUGUUCCAAGCAUUCUGAUACAAAUGGAUACAUCUAAUGAGAUUACAAUCCCACCACAGGUUACUAUCCCAGAAUUCACCAUUCUGAACAAAUACCUGGUCCCGUCCAUCACUAUUGACUUUGACGAGCUCAAACAGAGAGUCAUUGAAAUUAUUGAAAGGAUCAAAGACUUUGAAAUGCCCAUGCCUGACCCGGAGGACAUUUUUGGAGACCUCAGAGUGCUGUAUCUGUCUGAUCUGCCAGACCUGACAUUACCAGAGUUCACUCUUGAAGAGAUCAAGUUUCCAGAAAUUCACAUUCCAAAGCUCAAUCUGGAAAACUUCAAAAUCAGCAUGCUUCAGCUCCCUGAGCUCAAACUGCCAGAAAUUCCCAGUGAAUUUAUGGUACCUGCUUUCGGCAAGCUGUACGGUGAGUUCAGGAUUAACUCUCCCUGUUAUAACGUCUUGACUAAGGCGAAGCUGGAAAACUCGACAAUCGAUCCCAGAACCCCACAGUUCACAGCUUCCCUCACCUCUGAGGGGAAGUCUGACUACUUUGAUUACCUUGAAUACAAUUUAGAUGCCUCUGCCCAACUUGCAGCAACAAACAUGAGAAGCUUAGUCCUCAGUGAGACUAUAAAAUUCAAUAACAUGCCAUUUUCACUUGACCAUCAAGGGACAGUGACACUCAAUGGCCCGUCAGCUCAGGUGAUGGCAAAGACAAUUGCCAAGGCCACCACUGAAAUGUACACUGCGGACAUUUUAAACAAUGUGCAAAUAACCAUGGAAAGUGGGAUCAUUGCAACCAUGGAAACUACUUACAAUCACAACCUAAACAUUCCAUCUAUUGAUGUCUCAUGCCAGGCCAAAACGACCCAGAAAACUGUCACACGUUUGGAAUCAGGCACCAUCUCUAUGACUGUUGGAACAACAGGAAGCGGGAAGUGGUCAAUCCAGGACUACUCUGAUGAUGGCACCUACAAAAGUGAGCUUGAGUUCACAAUAAACUUAAAUACAGCUAAGCUCACUUUUGCAGGAGAGGCAGACAGUAAGACUGUGAAAAUGAAGCAUAACAUGAGAGCUCAAUCUGUUGUCUUCAGCUACAUCACCUUUGAAGCACACGCUGAGACUGAGACUCCAUUUAUUAGGAGUAGUGUUAUGGAUUUGAAUGGCAAGGGGAUUUUUGAAGACCUUAAACUUGAGCUAACGGCUUCCCAUGACACUGAGCUUGCUGGAAGAGUCAGUGGCUCUCUGUCAAACUCAAUUAACUUCUUGGUACAUCCAUUUGAGCUUGUACUUGACUGCAAAAACAAAGAGAACCUGAGGGUUAUGUUCCCCUUGAAACUGACUGGAAAGAUUGACCUACAGAAUGACUUUGGAGUGACUCUCAGUUGUGAAGUACAGAAUGCAAACUCGGUGGUCCUCGCCAGAUUCAAUCAGUACAAGUACUUCCACAACCUUAAAGUAGAUAACAACAAGCAUGACAUGGGAAUAUAUGCUGCAAUUAAUGGUGAGGCAAAUCUUGACUUUUUGACUGUCCCUCUCAGCAUACCUGAGGUGGACGUGCCUUACACCGACAUGAAAACCCCGACUAUCAGAGAGUUCUCUCUGUGGGAAGACACUGGCUUGAAGAACCUCCUGAGCACCACACGGCAAUCAUUUGAUAUGGAUUUCAAGCUUGUGUAUCAGAAGAACCCUGAUUCGCAUACCAUUGGCCUUGACCUGGAGCCAAUUUACAGCACCAUAAAUGAGAAUGCUAAGGUACUGAGUGCAAACUUUGAGCUGGCAAGAGACAAGGCAUUUGAUCUGCUGACAGAUUCUUACAACCAGGCUAAGGUGCAAUUUGAGAAAUUCAGAAUUGAAACUAUCCGCCAGUCCCCAAGGAUCUUCACUGUCCCUGGUUACACUGUCCCCAUCUUGAAUAUCGAGGUCUCUCCUUUCACUGCGGAAAUGCCCUCGUUUAGCUUCCUCAUCCCUAAGGAGGUCAGCACACCCAGCUUCAGAGUGCCAAUGAUUGGAUUCUCUGUUCCGUCUUACACCCUUGUGCUACCUGCGCUGACGCUUCCAGUGCUGCAUGUUCCUGAAACUCUCAGGGAUCUGGCCCUGCCCACAUUCACCCUACCCACAACACAGAACACUAUCAUGAUCCCUGCCAUGGGAAACGUGACUUAUGAUUUUUCACUCAAAUGCUCUGUGAUCGCUUUGAACAUCAACGCUGGCCUGUACAACCAGUCCGAUAUCGUGGCCAGGCUUGCGGCCUCCUCAACCUCUGUGUUUGACAUUCUUCAAGGUAAGCUUGGUGCCACCACAAGCCUUACUAAGAAGAGAGGACUGAAGUUGGCGACUGCCAUCUCUGUUGAUCACAAGAACAUUAAGGGAAGCCAUGAUAGUACAAUCAGUCUUUCAAAUCCUACCAUAGAGGCCUCCGUGGCAACCAAUGCCAAACUCAUGCUACCCAUUCUACAGUUGGACUUCAAUCAAGAGCUCAUGGGGAACACCAAAACCAAGCCAAAUGUGGCAUCCAAGAUGAAGCUGAAGUACAGCUUUCACCUGCCCACGAUUGAUGUCAAUGGGAAGGGAAGCAUUGAACAGAAUUUAGCUCUCGAAGCACUAUCAUCCUACAUUUCUGUUGAGACUUCUACCAAGGGAGAAAUUGAGGGAAAAUUAAAGAGACAUGUUAAUUUUGCUGGCACCCUAGUAAAUGAGGCAAAUGUUUAUCUGAAUGCUAAUGGCUUGCGCUCCACUUCAAAGACAGAUGGAAACUCCAAACUUGACUACAAGAAGACCAAUGUUUGGGAUGUGGACAUGAAAACAAACCUGGCAACGGAAGCAUCCUUACGUCGUGUUUACAUGAUGUUGACUUGCAGCAGCAACAAUAUGGCUGCUUUCGGAUCCUUUGACACUAAGGGAACACACACUGCUAAGGCAACUCUUGAAUUUAUUCCCCUGCAUACACUGACAGCUAAGGUGGAGAUUGCUCUGUCCCAGCCAAGCAGCAUUGGUGAUGCAAGCAUGGAUCAGACAAUUGACCUAGAAAUUGCCGCAGACAAGCAAAAGUUCACCUGGACUGGAAAAGAGCAGGUGAUAUCUGUUAUACACACUUGUAACCUGAUGCUGUCCAAUGAUGAGACUGAGGUGCGUGCGGAAUUGACUGAUACAGUGGAAGGUAAUGUAGCAUUCCUGAAGACUGUGAAGCUACCUGUUUACCAGAAGACUGUUUGGGAUGUGCUGAAGUUUGACGAGGUAACUGCCGAAGAUCAGCUGCAGGCACUGACCCUCUCCACCAAUGUGGUAUACACAAAGAACAUGGAUGGACUGAACUUCGCUUUGCCCACCAAAAUAUUUGAGAAUGGGGUCACGUUCAACAUUCCAGAAAUCACUUUGUCGGUGCCCAGUUGGGUAAAAGAUAUCCCUCUAAGUAUCAGGGAGAUCGACAUGCGGUUUGAAAACAUCAAAUUUCCAGAUGAAGUCUCUGUGCCUCCUGAAAUUACCAUUCCAUCAUUUGAAGUUCCUUUCACAAGUCUGCAGUUGCCAUCUUACACCCUCGACCUCAAGAACCUGAAUGUCCCCAGUGUCAUCAGCACGCCCGCUUUUGACGUCCAACUGCCGGGUCUUCCCAAAGUGGAAGUUCCCAGCAUCGACAUUGACACAGAGUACCUCGCCAAAAAAAUGUCCUUCCUACUGUUGAAGGUUCCUCAGCAUGAAAUCACCGUCCCGUCCUUCAGCAUUGACGUUGCAAACCACAUCUCUAACUUUAAGAUGCCGACAGUCACCAUUCCUGAGCAGAAAAUAGAGGUUCCGGAGGUAUCGCUGUACUUGCCUACUGGCCUGUUCAUCCCAUACUUCGGUGCCCUGUCUUCCACGGUCAAGGUCGAAUCUCCAAUUUACAGCAACUCUUGGAAUGUGAAGCUUGAGAACAAAGACUCCUCCUUAGUCUCUUCCCUCAAGUCCUCCUGCACGUCCACCAUAAAACUACUGGAAUAUUCUUGGGAUGCCACUGCCACGACUCGCAUUGAAGAUGGAGCUCUGAGCCUCAAGGGCGACUCUGAGUUCACUCACAGUGACCUGAAUGUGGAUUGGAAACACGUCUAUGCACACAAUACGAGAGCGAAGCGCCAAGCUUCUUCCGAUGACAGCUCUCACCACACUCUGAAUGUUGACAUCACCAGCCCGACAUUCAUCGAUGCGAACUUCCGCUAUACCUCCCGCAAAGAUGGCCUCAGUGCAUCUGUCUCUUCUCCAUCAUCUGGUUUUCUUGGACUUCUCCUACAGCGGAAGACCCCUUCCCAGGUGUACGCAAAGCUGUUUGCCCGUUAUGCGUCUGCUCCCGAGAAAGAUGUGGAUCUCCUGAGCUUCAAGGCAACACUGAAAAACUCUGAGAAGCUGGCCCUCCAAACUGGCUGGAACCUCAAUGCACAUGGGGAGAUGUUCUUACAGCUGAAGGAGAGGGUUCCAGCCAUCACUAGUGCGGUCCUUAACUUCGCCAACAAACACCACACCGCCCAGUUUGGCAUGGACCUGAACCGAGCCUCACUGAAGUUGAAAAACACCCUUUCCAACACCAUCGAGAGGGUAUACCACGAGAUCCCCAGAAGCCUGGACGCACUGCAAACCAGCCUGGACAAGCUCAAAGACCAGGGCAAGGCGAUGUACAAGAGGGCCGCCGACGACCUUUUUGUCGAUCUGAGAGAUCUGCUCGGCAAUCUGGCCAACAACAUCAGGAGCCUGCUCAGGCAGUACCAGAAGGACGUCAAAGUCAGGCUGGAUGCCGUCAUCAGGUUCCUGAGCGAGACCAAGUUCCAGCUGCCCGGCUUCCAGGACAAGCUCACCGGACAGGAACUAUACCAGAGGGCUAGCGGUCCCAUCACCAUGGCAAUCGACCAGACCGUCCAGAUAAUUGCCGACAUCCUUGAGUCCUACCCAGAAUCUCUGCUUAAAGUCAUUGAAAAGAUCGAGUUCACAGUGCCUGGAUUGGACGUGGACGUCAGAGGAACUGAUAUCUUGGACUGGGUGAAGAAUGUCAUGAGGGAUGCCCAGAACUGGAUUGUGGACCUGAUACAGAAAGCAAGGAAUGUCCGGCUAGAGCAGGUCCUUCGGAAGCUGAGCAACUUUUUGCAGUCGCUCAUCAAAAAUGUGGAGGGGCUGAUCGCCUCUCUGAAGCUGCCGGACCUCGAUGAACUCUCAGCCCGUUUCAACGACAUCUACGCGGGUCUACGCAGACCCCUGCAGGGAAUCAUUGCACGGCUCGACGACAUCAGACUGGCCAGCGGGGAGUACAAAGACCGCGCCAAAAUCAAGAUCCAGGAGAUCUACAACGAGCUGACCACCGACAGUGUCAACUCCUCCCUGCAGGACCUGGUCUUAACGGCGAAAGACUUGUCGGACUCGAUCAGCAGUGGGCUCUUUGAAUUCCUUCGGCAGGUCUCCCAGAGCGUUUACCCUUAUGUGAGAGUGAGCAACACAAAGCUGGACAUUGACAUUCCUCUUCCUUUCUUUUGGAAAUCUUUCAGUGAGUGGCCCGCCCAGACCCGAUAUUAAGGUCUCAUAAACACUACCAUGUCAAUGGGGAAAAAAAUGAAUGGCUUUAAUGAAUGAAUGCCUACAAAAGGACACUUUUUAUUAACUCAUAAAAUGUUUUGAAAAAAAUAAUGUAUUUAAAGCUGUUGUAGUAACAUAUAUACAUCUUGUCAACGCUGUUGUUACCUUGUGUGUCAUUUAACAAACCAUAACAAGUUAUGCUAAUUCUGUUUCUUAUGUUUGAAGGAAUACCAGCUACUUUAUGUCUUUUACUAUUUAAGAUUCAGUUAAUGGUUCUCAAUAAAGACAAUUUUUACUGCAA